AUGUUUACCAGACAAAGUGCUUUACUUAUUCAGAAUAUAAUUCGCUCACAAGUACCAGCGUUAAAUAAGGCUGCCGGUAGAAGUACUACGUUGGCUUCGUCAAGCGUAUGGCCCAUUUCAUUGCAAAAAGCUUCGAUCGCUACCACAGAAUGUUGUUAUGCAAAAAACAAAGACAAGAAAAAGGAAAAAGGAAAGAAGGCCGCCAAGGUGGAAAUAAAUGAAACACUUUUGCGCGACAUCAUAAAUUAUGAUGCUGUAAAUGCACAAAUGCAAAAGGCAGUGCAGCAAAUGAAGGAUGACUUUAUAAAGCAUUUAUCUUUACGUUCAACAACAGGGGCCAUUGAUACACUACGCGUUACAGUUGAUGGCACUGAACAUGAACUGCAGGAAUUGGCACAAAUCUCACGUAAGAAUCCUAAAACCAUUGUCGUGAAUAUGAUUGCCUUUCCCCAGACCAUACCCGAUGUUCUCAAGGCCUUGGAAAAGAGCGGCAUGAAUUUAAAUCCCCAACAGGAUGGUACAACACUUUUUAUACCCAUACCCAAAGUUACCAAAGAACAUCGUGAGAACCUUUCAAAGAAUGCCAAGAAUUUGUUCAUCAAAUAUCGCGACUCCAUCAAGGAUAUUCAAAAUAACUGCAUUAAAAAGGUUAAAAAGCAAACGGAAUUUUCGAAAGAUGAUGUCUUUUCGGUACAGACACAGAUAACCGCUAUAGCAGAUAAAUAUAUUGCCGAAGCCGAGAAAAUUUUGCAAGCUAAACAAAAGGAAUUGCUUGGAGAUUCAUAG